AUGGUUAGAAAACUCAAACAUCAUGAACAGAAAUUACUCAAGAAGGUUGAUUUCUUCGACUGGAAGCAGGAUCAAGGCCAUCGUGAUGGUGAGGUGAUGCGCCGGUACCAUGUGCAAGACCGUGAGGAUUAUCAUAAAUAUAACAAGAUCUGCGGGGAGAUACGGAAACUUGCCCGACAAUUGUCGCUAUUGGCUCCCCAGGACCCCAUCAGAGUGAAGCACGAACAACUUCUCCUCGAAAAACUCUACACCAUGGGAAUCAUCAAUGGUAAAUCCAAGGUAUCCCAGCUCGAAAACAGCGUCACGGUGGCAGCUAUGUGUCGUAGAAGAAUUGGGGUGGUUAUGCAAAGAUUGAAGAUGGCAGAAACUAUUGCGGACGCCGUGAAGUUCAUUGAACAAGGACAUGUGAGAGUCGGUACCGACGUGAUCACCGACCCGGCAUUCUUGGUGACUAGAGACAUGGAAGAUUACUUGACAUGGUCCAAUGGCAGUAAGAUUAGACGGAAUAUUGCAAGUUUCAAGAAUAAGGUUGAUGAUUUCGAUUUGGACGAUUGA